ACAAUAUCAAACUUAAAAGAAAAUAAAUAAAUGGGGAUCCAAAUUGUUCAUUGUCCUCAUGAUCAAUGUAGAAAUUCGCUGGUAAAAAUUGCUGGAGCAUAUGCAAAAUUGCAAUUGCAAUUGGCGAAAUCCCAGGCCAAAAAAAAAACACAGAAAAAAAAAAGAAAAAAUGGGAAUCCUCAGAGUCUUAAACUCAAAUCACUCUCUGCCUCUCCACCACCUCAGAAGCUUCCAUGGAUCCUGCUUCUUCUGCUUCUUCUACUCUACAACCGCUUGGUACUCUCCUCCACCCACUCCUCGCAUUGAAGAUCCAACGCUCUCUGCGAUCUCCGAAGCUAUCAAGAAAAGCCAUGGAAAGCCUCUGGAUUCCUCUCUCAAGAAGCUCCUCCCUUCCAUCACAGCUCGUCAAGUUAUCGACCUCAUCAACUUCAACCCCCAUUCUGUCUCUCCUCUUUCUCUCUUCUCCUUCUUCAACUGGCUCUCUUCGCAGCCCAAUUUCUGCCACACCGUCCAAUCCUACUUCACCAUGACUCACUUCCUCUGCGCCAAUCAAAUGCUCUCCGAAGCCAAGACCCUCCUCCGAUUCGUCGUCUCUCGGAAAGGAAAGGACUCGGCCUCCUCUCUCUUCGCUGCUGUUCUUGAAACAAAGGCUGCCCAUGAUUCUAGUUUCGUGUUCGAUGCUCUGAUGAAUGCUUAUACCGACUGCGGCUUCGUUUCCGACGCAGUUCAGUGCUUGAGAUUGUGUAGAGAUGGUGAAGUUAAAGAAGCCCAGUUGGUGUUUGAUGAAAUGGGGAAGCGGGGUUUGCGUCCCACCGUUGUUAGUUUCAAUACUUUGAUUAAUGGGUACUGUAAAUCAGGGAGUUUAGAAGAGGGUUUUAGAUUGAAGAGAGUUAUGGAGGAGAGUAGAACAUCUGCCGAUGUGUUUACUUACAGUGUUUUGAUAAGUGCAUUGUGUAAGGAAUGCAGGUUGGACAAUGCAAAUGAGUUGUUUGUUGAAAUGUGUGAGAGGGGUUUGGCUCCGAAUGAUGUUACAUUUACCGCAUUGAUUGGUGGGCAGUGCAAGUGCGGGAGAGUUGAUUUGGCCAAGGAAACGUAUCAGGAAAUGUUGAGGAAAAAUAUUAUACCUGAUUUGGUUACAUAUAAUACACUUAUAAAUGGCCUUUGCAAGGUUGGGAAUUUAGAGGAAGCCAAAAAGCUUGUUGAUGCAAUGAGUAUUAGAGGGUUGAAGCCUGACAAGAUCACUUACACUACACUUUUUGAUGGAUGUUUCAAAGAGGGAGAUCUAGAAUCAGCCCUGGAGAUUAGGAAGGGAAUGAUGAAAGAAGGAAUUGAGCUAGAUGAUGUUGCUUUCACAGCCCUUAUUUCAGGAUUGUGUAGAGAGGGAAAAGUUGCUGAUGCAGAAAGAACGUUGAGGGAGAUGUUGAACACCGGAAUGAAACCUGAUGAUGCCACAUAUACUAUGAUCAUUGAUGGGUUUUGUAAAUUGGGUGAUGUGAAAAUGGGAUUUAAUUUGCUUAGGGAGAUGCAGAAAGAUGGCCAUGUCCCAAGUGUUGUAACCUAUAAUGUGCUUAUGAAUGGACUCUGCAAGAAAGGACAGAUGAAAAAUGCUAAUAUGCUCUUAGAUGCCAUGCUUAAUUUGGGAGUGGUUCCAGAUGACAUCACCUACAAUAUUCUCUUAGAAGGGCAUUGUAAGCAUGGAAAUCAACAAGGUUUUAAUACAUUGCGAAGAGAGAAGGGCCUGGUUUCAGAUUAUGCAGCUUAUACUUCACUUGUAAGUGAAUUCAGUAAAUCAUCCAAGCCUCGCCAGAAGAGAUGAUUGACCCAGUUUUGGAAAUCAGUGAUUAUGAAUUAUUGAAUGUGGUUGGUCAAACCGAUGGAUGGGGGAGUUGUGUGGAAGUUAGUAACAUGAAUAAGGGACUUAAGAAUGAUUCAGAUGAAAACCAAGGGACAGUGAAUUCAGUUAAUUGCCAACAUUCACAUGUUUCCUGAUCGAAAGAGCUUCCCAGUGUCUGCUCAUGAUUUGAGUACUAAGAUAGUGAGUAUUAAUUUUCAUGACAAGAACAUUUUCUCAUGGUGACUUUUGACUAUAUAAGAUCAAGAGCAAGGAACAAGGCUUUACACAGUUGCCAAGGCAUAUGUCGAUGGUUUGCGGAGGAGCUUUUCAGCAACUUGUUUAAGACAUAGCUAUUGAACAACAGAAAAUCCUAGGUCAAGGAAAUUAUAAUCAAUGCACUAUAUUCUUCCAAGUCCAAUUCAAAUUAAUCAUGUCUCAGGAUUCGUACUACAUGGAAUGAGAGCUUCCAAUUUAUCUUAGCACAAUAAUUGAAGGGUUGUGAAGUUUUUUGUCA